CUUUCCCACCCUUUCUUUUGUCCCCAUCCCUGUCACUCUUUACCCCCCUCCGCAUCAUAAACGACUUCCAGGAUGAAGUACGCUGUUGCUUUCUCGGCUAUCGCCGCUCUUGCUGCCCGCGCCGCUGCUGUCGGUGUCUCGGGCACCCCCGAGGGAUUCGCCUCCAGCGCCACUGGCGGUGGCAGCGCGACUGCUGUUUACCCUUCCACCACCUCAGAGCUGGUCUCUUACCUCGGUGAUGAUGAGGAGCGUGUCAUCGUCCUGACCAAGACCUUCGACUUCACCGACUCCGAGGGUACCACCACCACCACCGGUUGUGCUCCCUGGGGUACUGCCUCCAACUGCCAGCUGGCCAUCGACCAGGACGACUGGUGUGAGAACUACGAGCCCGAUGCGCCCACCUCCAGCGUUACCUACGACAACGCCGGUGUCCUCGGUAUCACCGUCAACUCCAACAAGUCCCUCAUCGGUGAGGGUACCUCCGGUGUGAUCAAGGGCAAGGGUCUCCGCAUGGUUUCCGGUGUCUCCAACAUCAUCAUCCAGAACAUCGCCGUCACCGACAUCAACCCCAAGUACGUCUGGGGAGGUGACGCCAUCACCCUCGACGACGCCGACUUGGUCUGGAUCGACCACGUCACCACCGCCCGUAUCGGUCGCCAGCACUACGUGCUCGGAACCGAGGCCGACAACCGUGUCUCCAUCACCAACAACUACAUCGACGGCGAGUCCGACUACUCGGCCACCUGCGACGGCCACCACUACUGGAACGUCUACCUCGACGGCUCCUCCGACAAGGUGACCUUCAAGGGCAACUACCUGUACAAGACCUCCGGCCGUGCCCCCAAGGUCCAGGACAACACCUACCUCCACAUCGUCAACAACUACUGGGACAACAACUCCGGCCACGCCUUCGAGAUCGGCUCCGGUGGCUACGUCCUCGCCGAGGGUAACUACUUCUCCGACGUCGACACCGUCCUCGAGACCGACACCUUCGAGGGUGCUCUUUUCUCCUCUGACAGCUCCUCCUCCGCCUGCGAGGACUACAUCGGCCGUGCCUGCGUCGCCAACGUCAACGGAGGUGACCUCACCGGUACCUCCACCACCGCCCUCGAGGCCUUCAACGGUGACACUCUCGCCACCGCCGCUGCUGCCAACACCAGCCCUGCCUCCACCGCUGGUCAGGGUAACCUGUAA